CAGGAGUGAAAUCCCGUUGGCACUUUUUAAAAUAUGCAUCGGUUUUCAAGGUCGAUCUGUUAAAUUGUAACUAAAUGCGAGUAACCAAAGGGAAGCCGAAGAAAUAUUACUUUACCGUGCGGUCCUCUGACUCUGAACAAAGUCACAGUUGGACGGGGAAAACACGAGGAAACAUGACACUGGGAGUCAGACAUUUGUGAACGAUAAGAAGGGCCCGGCACGACUUCGGUGUCCAUUUUACUGGGGUGAAAAGCGCUUGGAUCCACUAAGCCCAGCACAUACUGCUCUGCACAUUUAAGAUAAGGAUAUAUAGCGGCACUUUAUACAAGACAUACUGCGCCUUAGCACACUAUACCGACACAUUGUGAAUUACUUUUAAGAAAAUGACGAUGCAUGUUCCCUUUAGUACUCGAGAUUCCUUUUAGUUGCGUUGCCAGAGUGAGAAAACCGUCGAUCGAAAGAAAAACUUCCUGAAGGCUGGGAAACUGGGAAGCGACGCCUCCUUCACGCUUGGCAGGGUUUCCGACCGCGACCGAAGACUGCCGACCGGCGCUUCGCCCCGCCGGGGGACGCAGAGGAGCGCCGGGGAGUGUACGGAGGAGGAGGAGGAGGAGGGGAGAGGCGCGCUCCGUUUCCUGAAUGUCCGCCAGCACCUGUACCUUCUUCCUUCGUAUGGAUACACGCUUCGCACACGGGCUUGACCAGGGUAAUCGGCCGCGACUUCGGGAGCGACGUGAUCGGGGGAAGUGCUUAACGCCGCAGGUUAAUCCUCCGUCGUGAUGAACUCCAGGUUUCACGGGUUUGGUGGACGGAUCGGUACUUUGGCCGUGACUGAGCUGUCCAAAGACAGGACCAAGGCUGACGUGACCUGUGAUGUUCAGUUCCUCGAUCAUUCUACCCACAGCUUUAAGAUCUGUAAACAAGCUGAUGGUCAUGUCCUGCUGGACAUGGUGUUUAACCAUCUGGGCCUGGCGGAGAAGAAUUACUUUGGCCUUCAGUUCAGUGAGGACUCUCAGUCCCCUAGGUGGCUUGACCCCAACAAACCCAUCAAGAAGCAGUUUAAGGGGAGCCUACCCUGGGUCCUAAACUUCCGGGUGAGAUUCUUCAUCACUGAUCCCAACUCACUGCAGCAGCAACAGACCAGGCACCUAUAUUUUCUACAGAUCAAGAGUGAUAUCCGUAAUGGAAGGUUAAGCUGCCCGCUCAGCUCAGCCGUGGUCAUGGCCUCCUACGCAGUCCAGGCUGAACUUGGAGAUCACUCCUCGACGGAGCACCAGGCGGGUUACCUGUCUUUGUUUCACUUCUUCCCAGGGCAGGAGGAGGACUUCCUGCCCAAAGUGGAGGCAAUGCACCCGCAGCACAGGGGCCUCAAGCCGUCUGAGGCUGAGCUGUGCUACCUGAACACGGCCCGUACGCUGGACUUUUAUGGCGUGGAGCUUCACCAUGCAAGAGACUCCAGCAACGUGGACCUCCAGGUUGGCAUCGCCUCGGCCGGCCUCGCCGUCUUCCGCAACAAGGUCUGCUCCAGUUUCUUCUCCUGGGUUUCCAUUGUGAAGAUCUCCUUCAAAAGGAAAAGGUUCCUCAUUCAGCUCAGGCAGAAACACAGGGAGAGUCGCGACAGCACCGUCAUCUUCAACAUGCUCAACUACCGCACCUGCAAAAACCUAUGGCGGUCCUGCGUGGAGCACCAUGCCUUCUUCCAGGCCGACGCCUCUCUGUCGCUGGACAAGAAGCUGCUGUUUAGCCAUGGGACUCUCAGCUAUAAACACCCCACCAAGUCCCUGAAUAGUCAGGUUAUGUGCAGAAUGAUGCGCGGCGUGGUGCUGAACCCGGCGUUGAGGAAGUCCCUCUCCGUGGAGCACCUGGACACCCGAAGCCUGCCCUCCUUCUCCCCGCCCACCACGCCCAGCUGGCGGAGCCCCCGUCUGAGGCACAACAUCCGCAAGACGCACCACUCGUCCAUGGACAACUUGGCCAGUGAGAUGAGCUACUUUCCUGAGACAGAGGACGUUUUCUACACGUACAAGAGCCCCGAGGCUGCCAUAGGGAUUGGCCUGGAGACCUCAGCUGACCAGAAGAAAAUUCACAAAGACAGAAAGAGCAAAGAGGCGGGACCUGACCUGCGCAGCUGCGACCUGAAGCUGGCCGGGGGCCAGGAGACAGUGGUGCCCACGCAGAAGACCUCAAACCCCCCCGGACAGCCCGACUCCCCCGGUCUUGACAGUGAGGGCUUGGCUGGGGAGGGGACAACCAGCCGGGACUCACAGUGUUACUCCGAUAAGAGCGAGGAGAUAGAGGGGGACUUGCUGUUGGUGAGAAUGGCCCCAGACAAAGACGGCAAGUUCGGCUUCAACGUCAAAGGAGGUGCUGACCAGAAGAUGCCCCUAAUGAUCUCACAUGUGGCUCGUGACUCACCGGCUGGAAGGUGCACCCCUGAGCUUCUGGAAGGAGACUACAUUGUGCUGAUCAAUGGACGGGACAUCUCAGAGCACAACCACGACCAGGUGGUCAUGUUCAUUAAGGCCAGCCGCGAGUCCCACACCAAGGAGCUGACACUGCUGGUUCGUCGGAAAGGACUCGGCUCACGUACGAAGCCCCUGUCCACAUUUAAUGCUGGCUUCCAGUUGCUAGGAGACGGCACCCUGCCACAAGGCCACCAGAUUGGUGAAACCCUGGAGGACUCCAUGGUGCAUAUAAAGAAGGGCCUUCAAACCGGGAGUCUGCUGGUCCAGUUUGAGCAACUGUACAGGAAGAAGCAGGGCUUGGAGAUGAUGGAAGCCAGAUUGACUCAGAAUAUGGAGAAGAACAGAUACAAGGACGUGUUGCCCUAUGACAUCACCAGAGUGGUUUUACAAGACAAGGAGGACAAUUACAUCAAUGCCAGCCAUAUUAAGAUGGAGGUUCCUGGUACAGAGGUAGUAAACUACUAUGUGGCUGCACAGGGACCAUUGCCACACACCUGCUGCCACUUCUGGAGGACCGUGUGGGAGCAGCACAGUCGCGUGAUCAUCAUGCUGACAACGCUGACAGAGAGGGGCCGGCCAAAGUGUCAUCAGUACUGGCCAGACCCCCCCGAGCUGCGGGACUACGAAGGCCUGCAGAUCCGCUGUCACUCGGAGGAGUGCAACUUGGCCUACGUCUUCAGGGAGUUCACGCUGAUCAGCAGGGAGACCGGGGAGGAGCGGACGGUCUUCCACCUGCAGUACGUGGCCUGGCCUGACCAUGGCGUGCCCGAUGACCCCUCCGACUUCCUGGACUUUGUGAAGUUCGUCCGGAAGAAGCGGAACAGCACCGAGCCCCUGAUGGUCCACUGCAGGUGA